UCUACACCUCUCUCCACCUUUCCCUAAUUUUUCCGUUCUACGCUUGUCCAGUGGCUCCAGUGAUCGCCCGCCAUGCUGCAAUAAUCAACCCAUGAUGGAGACCAUCGAAGCUAUGGAAAACUGUCCGUCACGAUCUGGGCAGUCUAUCCGGAUUAGCGUGUCCUGCUUUCUGACUCCUCCAAUAGUGAUCCUGUGCUGACUUCAUUAUAAGCUCCUGUAGUCCUCUGAUUGCAAUGCGUGGAGUUUCAAUAAUGACUGCCGAUUGAACAGGAAACCGCAUUUGACAUACAGCAGAACGGCUUCUUUCUAUCGGAAUAUGCUGCCCAUGUCAAUAUCGACUACAACCCUCCCCCCUUUCUUGUAAAUCGUGCCUUCGUCGCUAGAGGGACUAUUUUGCCAGAUGCAAUCAUUAGUCCUUCCCCCUUCAUCCUUUAUCACCCCAGAGUUCGGACACUCCAGACUGGAUCCGGGCCCAGAGAGGCUUCCAUUCGACCUAAAUCGAUCAAUAAAUGCUCGAAGGUGCAAUCCCCGGGAUCUUCCACUCCCUCGCUCUAUGUCCGCUUCGGUCCCGGCAGAAGACCCGCAGGAGACCUCUGGGAACAUCAGACGGCCCGGGCAGCCAGAGCUCCCUCAACCGGUAACGGCGGUGGAGUCUUCGACUGUAUCGACGCCUACCGGACUAUCAUCUGCUGGACUGACAGGGCACAUUCGCCCUCCAAGGACACCUCCCCCUACCACAACAAUCCAUGAACCAGCAUACUACAGGGUGAUUUCUGGACCCGGAAGCGAAGUACCUCGACAGCCAUUCCCAGUCAGUGACAGCUUUACGGCACGUCUGCCGCCAUCACUUAGUGUCCCAGCCACGUCCCAGCCCCCGGUGCCACCAUUUUCGCAGUCCACCUUCGGAACUUCACCACCUGGGGCUGCGGGUCGCGCAUUGCCACAGAAACCGACCCGGCGCACCAAGGCUCAUGUGGCAUCCGCGUGUGUGAACUGUAAGAAGAAGCACUUGGGCUGUGACCCUGCACGACCCUGUCGGAGGUGUGUCUUGUCGGGAAAAGAGGCAACAUGUGUCGACGUGACGCACAAAAAGCGAGGAAGACCGCCCUUGAAAGCCGAAGACGCGUCACUCAGAACAUAUACAUCGCAGGCAGACAAUUCAGGAUCAUCCGGCGAGCAGCAUGCAUCGCAGUCAAGGCGACCUAUGCAUAGAGCUACAUCGUCCCGCGAGCUCAGACCAAUGACGGAUUUGCAGAUACCUGGGGGAACCCCUGGGCCCUUUGGAAUGAGGGUUCCCGCGGGGCAGCUACAUAGAUGGCCGGGCGCUGUAUACCCUCAGACCAUUGAUCCGUCGCUACAGAUGCAGCGGAAUAUGGGACAUAGGCGAUUCUCUUCGUCCAGCUCAGUACAAUCCAUGACCUCAGUGUCCCCAGGCAGCUUUUUGCCGAUAGGUGGAGGAUACAGCCCGGUGAUGGGUGCGUCCCAUAUGCCUAUGGGGCCAGGGAGACCACUUUCAUCAUAUGGGAACCCAGCGGUACACACCCUUUCGUCGCCACCGCAAUAUCAUCAGCCGUAUGGUGUCCCCUAUUCUCCAUAUACGCCUAAUACCAGAGUGGUCAAUCGGAUGUCAAUGAACGAGCAGCCAGUGCCAAGGGAUCCCCGUGAAAGCUUUGUGGAAUCUUCAGUUAGACUGCCCCCUAUCUAUCCCCCCACCAUUGGAAAUCCUAAUCCUGGACCACAAGCGCACCGGCUGAGUGACCCUUAUCCAGCGACCUGGUCGCCUCAGACGCGAGAGGAACUAGUGCAGCAGGAGCCACGACAACUGUCUCAUGGCCACGGCACCAUUGAGUCAAUCUCGCCUAGCGGUCAGAUGCGCCCCGCGGCGUCAGACUUCACUUAUGGGAGUCAGAUUCCCCGACAGCUGGUGCAAAUUCCUCCUACCCAAGAGCAGCCGCACCAGCGGUCUCCUGUGCGUGUUCGAGAUGACCCGCCAGCUGCUGAAGCCGAGACCGACGGCUCAAGGCCCGCUAAAAGGCGGAAGAUGGCCUUGGACGAUAUGGUGAACGACUGAGUACUUAUUUCAAUCCACAAAAGCAAACAGAAUUCAUGACCGGAGCUAGCAUAUCCAUUCUUUUCCUCAUUGAAAGGCCAGGUGAUCCAUUCUGGUAUUUUGAUGCGUGUAGCCGGAUCUACAACAAUUGAUGACCUUCAUGUAAAUCUCCUUUGUGUUACGUUUUGCUCACAUCCGAUAUCUAGCGGUCCAGUCGUUUCGCCUCUUUUCUUUUCUCCUUCCCUUAUUUCCUUUGUUUUGCAUCUGGUAUAGAUCUGGCUAUUUUCAUUGUUGUGUUAUAAAACGCAUACGGCCCGUUUCAGCACUAUUUCCUUUGUUUGACUUCGUGAAUUGCAUGGCCGACUGAACUUGUUUCAUACGAUGCAUGGCGCGUUGCGCUUAUCCUUCUGGGCAUACUAAAAUGGCCUUAGCAUUGGAUUCAGUGUCAUAGACGGCGUUUUGUUUUGGAGUCAGAGGGGGGAGCAUCACCAUCGUUUCUGCACCAUUGCAUAUGAAAAAGGAGCAUUGUAUCUUCUUUAGCCUUUCUUUCGUUGUCUUUUUAUUGUCAGGGGCCUGGUCAUGCUGGCUUAGUGUUAUAUAGAUAGCCUAUACAGAUUGUGGACAUGUAUGUAUUAUUGGAGUAGAAA